AUGGAUAUACAGUCUUCUAACUACUCCAUAACUUCGAUCCAACGUUUACAAAAGACAGGAUUUGAUUUUGAUCGAUUGUCAGGCCAGAUAGUUUGCAAACUUGUUUCCCGAAAUUUCGGUCUUGGGCUCAAAAUCCUUGUUUCGUGCGGUAUCCAACUUGCCUGCGUGGACAGGGAAACAGGCGACACACCGCUAAUUUUAUUAGCAGCAGAAGGCCUUUGCGGUCCUGUGCGCUACUUACUUGCUCACCUGCCUGUUGAACACCUGCUUCACGCAAACGAGAGCAAGCGGUCGGUCCUCUCGCUCCUAUUAUCUCGAGGUCACGGUGACUGUGGCUGCCUCGAGGCUCUUUUACUGCGCCUCCCUCUUUCCGUCGGAAUCCAUCCUCACGAAAGCUGCAAUCGUAUUGUACUCACAGUUGCGGACAUACUGGACAGGAUCAAAACCUCAGAGAUGGACCGUGUUGCUGGAGUUUUCAAAUUCUGGAUUUCGACUAAUUUAAUAAACCUCGAAAACACAACUGAAGGUAAAAGAGAGACAACCGAUUCGGCAGAGGAUCCCAGAAUCAAGAUACAACGAAGAACAAUCGGUGUUGUUGUUAGUGACUGCUUGGCAGGCUGGAAAAACACCACGGUCAUCAGAACCUCGACUUUCAAAUGCAUCCAAAUGCUAGCUAAACUUCAUAUCCUGGGGCGAUUAAGUACGGCCUUUCUGGAAAGUUGUCGACGGGAGAUAGAGGUUUCACAGACUCUUGAUAGACAGAAGCCCCUGGAACCAAUACAAAUCAAGCAACUGCAACAACUUCAAGAAGGGAUUGUGCACCUCAUAGAUGUUUUCACACCGAUCCCUCCACUAAAGACUCUGACGAUCCUGAGGGUCCGACGUCAGCUCCAAAGGGCGAUGCUGUCGGCCAGCGAGGAAAGUGCCCGCGAUGCCAACUGCAAAGCCUUUUUCCAUCAUCAAAUCAAGGAACUCAACUUACCGAUGUAUCUCAGCCAAAUGAUCCUUCUGCAGGAAAAUGUACAUUUCUGUUGA